CAUGUCGCUCCUCUUCCGGCUCCGUCUGGCGCUCAUAGCUCUCUCCUCGGUGCUCACAGCGCCUCACUCCUCCUCAAACCAGGACCAAACUUCCCAGGUUCGUUCCAGCGGUCUCCAGCCCAUGAGCCCCGCUCUCCGUCGGACUUAAGCGCGACCCGGAGCUCACCUGGACCCUCACACCUCCACGUCUCCCCACUUUUGCUGCUCUUCAACGACUUUCCACAUUCCAGAAACUUUGGCCUCUGACGGACUUCUUCAUUUCUUCAUUUUUAUCGCAGUCUGGCCGUCAUCGCUACACCCUGUUCAUUAGCAGCUGCGCACUUUUUUGCACAACCAAGAACUAAAGUCUUAUUUGUAGGAUUUUUUUUUACCAUAACAAAACCGUUAAAAAAUAAUGGCAGGUGUGAACUCUCUGGACGCCGUGAAGAGGAAGAUUCAGUGUUUGCAGCAGCAAGCCGACGAAGCAGAAGACCGAGCCGAGUCCCUACAGAAAGAGUUGGACAGUGAACGGGAGCUCCGAGAGAAAGCUGAGGGCGAUGUAGCAGCUCUGAACCGUAGGAUCCAGCUGGUGGAGGAGGAGUUGGACCGCGCCCAGGAGAGGCUGGCCACAGCGCUGCAGAAGCUGGAGGAGGCGGAGAAGGCUGCAGACGAGAGCGAGAGAGGGAUGAAAGUGAUAGAGAACAGAGCGAUGAAGGACGAGGAGAAGAUGGAGAUCCAGGAAAUGCAGCUGAAGGAGGCCAAACACAUCGCAGAGGAGGCCGACCGCAAAUACGAGGAGGUGGCUCGUAAGCUGGUGAUUUUGGAGGGAGACUUGGAGCGGGCUGAGGAACGGGCCGAGGUCUCAGAAAGUAAAGCCAGCGACCUGGAGGAGGAGCUUAAGAAUGUGACCAACAACCUCAAGUCCUUAGAGGCCCAAGCUGAGAAGUACUCAGAAAAAGAGGACAAGUACGAGGAGGAGAUCAAAGUUUUGACUGACAAACUGAAGGAGGCUGAAACCCGUGCAGAGUUUGCAGAGCGAACAGUGACCAAACUGGAAAAGACCAUCGAUGAUCUGGAAGAGAAAUUGUCACGUGCCAAAGAGGAAAACGUGGGCAUGCACCAAGUCCUGGACCAGACCCUGCAGGAACUGAACAGCUUAUAAACGCACAGAGGAGGAAGCAGUCGUCGUCAUCAUUCCCCCAAAUGUUCGACUCCAUUCCACAUUUCCAUCUGUAAAGCUCCCCGCAGGAGGCGGGGUUUAACUUAAUGCUUGUCCCUUCAUGUCUUUCUUUCCUUUUUGUUUGUUUUUUUUAAGAGUAUGGGGCAUGAUUUUAAAUCCAAACUUGUUUUUAUGUCCAUUUAUGAUUAGAUUCUUCACAAUUUAUUCCACAAAGCAAUAAGAAACUCCAAAUUUAAACAUUUUUACAUCGUUUUUGACUUUGAUUCCUAGAAGUCAUUCAGAUUCGAGUUUUUUUUUAUUAUUAUUAUUUUGAUGAUUUCUGAGUAAAAGCAGCUCAGACUGGUGGGUUAGCUUCACGCCGUUAACGAGACUCAUCACUCGUUUGAACCGGACUCUCUUGUUUACAUCAAACCCGCCUUCGAGAUGGUGUUCUGCUGGGCGUGCACCAUCUGUCUAAGCACCACCCGCCUCCAUCUUCAUCCUUUAAGGCAGCCAACAUUUAACUCUGAUUGUAUUCAAAUCCAGACCCACCAAACGACUAGUUUUUAUCAAUCACAAUAAAUAUUGUACAUAAUAGAUCCGUGUUAGGAAGCUUGGAUUAUUAUUUUUUUUUUUUAUUAUUUCAAAGCUGCUUCCUUCUGCCAGGGAAGCUCUAAAGACCAAAGAACAGAACCAGACAAGUCUUCAAAGAUUUUAUUUUUGUUGGUGAUGGUCAUUCUGAGAUCACUAUGAAAUGUUUCAUUCAACUCCCCCCUCCACGUCGAUUUAAUAAAUGUUUUACAGAA